AUGGGGUUGAAAGUAUUAGGGUUUAACCAAGAUGCGACGUGUUUUUCAGUAAUUUCUCCAAAUAAAGGAGUGACUAUAUACAAUUGUGAUCCUUUUGGAAAAUGUUUUGAGUUGGAAAAGUCAACUGGGAAUGAAGGACAACUUGACUUCUUGGUGGAAAUGUUAUUCUCUACAAGCUUAAUUGCUGUUGUGGAUAAGACCAUUGGAGCAUCAAAUAGAAAGAAAUUGAAAAUUGUGAAUACGAAACGAAAAACCACUAUAUGUGAGCUCACAUUUCCACACGAAAUUGUAGAUGUUAUCAUGAACAGAAAGAUAAUAUGUGUGGUUCUGAACAGUGACCAGAUAUUCGUAUAUGACAUAUCAUGUAUGAAGUUGUUGCGCACAAUUGACGUUCGUGGAGAGAAGUUGAAAUACGUGCACAAACCAAGAACGGCGCGAGCAAUUGAUGAAAUGGGGGUUAAAGUGGCUUUGAGCAGUGAUAACUCUAGUGUUUUAUGUUACUCUUCUUUUUCGAACUUGGAUAAAGAUGCGACACCACUAAAUAACAUAGUGGUGUUCGAUGCUCUGAAGUGUGAGCAGAUAAAAGUAUUACCAGCUGUACAUCACAGCAAUGUGGCAUGCAUCGCGUGCUCAUCCGACGGUACGUUAGUGGCUACUGCCUCGGAAAAGGGCACUUUAAUUAGGGUAUUCAAGACAUGUUCUAAUGACGACGGGAGCAAUGAAAACUUGGUAAGUGAAUUCAGAAGAGGAUCACGACCCUGUCAUAUAGAUGAGAUGAAAUUUAAUGAUGAUAACACUCUAUUGGCAUGUGUAGGGGCAUCGGACACUAUUCAUAUUUUUCAUUUACCUUCAACUCUGGAAGCUGUUGGUACAAUUGAUGAAGAUGAUCUUUUGCAUCAGAGUGCAGGUUCGUUAUCAAGUAGUAUAACUGGAUUUCAACAUAUAUCUAAAGGGUUUGCAAAUAGAUUUGGAAAAAUGGUGAUAUCAAAGAUACCAACUCAAAAUCAACAAAGGCACAUGGCGUACAUAAAGAUUCCAGAAAAUAUAAAAUACCGUAUUGGUUUUCCUAAGGAGGUUCCAAAUUCCAUAUAUAUAUGUGGUGAAGAUGGUAACUACUUGGUGUAUUCAAUUCCCACUGAUGAACCUGGACCAUGUACAUUGACGAAGAGUAAUACUUUCGAUUAA